CCAGGGAGGGGCUCUCCGGAGUGGAUGUGGAUGUGGAUCCGGCCCCGGGGUCGCGGGGACCCAGCCAGCCGCCGCCUUCCUGCCGCGCUCUCAGCGCGUCCCGGUGCAGUGCCGGCUGCCGCCGCCGCGCUGAGCCCGCGAGGAGGGCGGUGCUGGGGUGGAAGAUGCGCUGCGCCGGGGGCCCGCCUCCCCGCCGCGCCCGCCGCUUCAGCACCGCGGACAGCGGCCAGCCCCGCGCACCAGCGGCCUCGCCCGGAGGUCCGCGCCCCGCCCGCGCCCCAGGCCCCUGCCGCCGGGCUCCAGGCACCCGGCUGGACAAAGGCGAGCUCUCGUGGAGGGACCCGCGAGGGCGGCGAAAGCGCAGCUCAGCCUCUUAAAGCGCACCGGCGUGGUCGGGAACCGGACCCGGCACCCAGGGCGUUAUCUGGGCCCAAUCAAGGUCGGAGGAGGCUGGCCCCUCGCGUGGGUCCAGCAUGGGAGGGGCCCAGAGAAGAAGUCCCCGGAUGAGAUGGAGGUGUCCUUGUUCUGACUUGGCUCCCGGCACAGACCAGCAACAUGACCCUUAGCCUCGUUUCUCCUGGGGGUGGAAGGUGUUCUGGCUCUAAUCCAGAAAAAACUCAGUCCAGAGAACCCACAGUGGGUGGCCACCGAGGCCCCACCCCUCCUGGCUUCUCUUAAGCCUUCCAGAAUCGAGGCGAGGAGACCCCUUCCUUGCCUGAACUAAAUUGGCAACUCUUGCCUAAUUCUUUUUACGCCACAACUUUUUCUCUCAUUAGUUAAAAUCCAGAGGCAUUUUUAUUUUUACCUCUGGCCGACAUCCCCGCCCCUUAUUUGAAGGGGAAAGAUGGAACACAGCAAUGUAAAAGUCUAGGUUCAAAAAUCCUAUCCAAGAGCAUGGAUUCUGCACAGGCAGCAGACAGUGGCUGCUAGGAAAGAAUGUGGUCUGAAACCAAGAAGGGCACAGCUGGACCAGAAACAGGCUCCCAGGCAGAAGUGCCUUCUUUUUCACAAGGAAGAAGAGUAACAUGCCCUGCUUUAAGAAGAUGGAACCACUAACUCUUUGAAAAUUACUUCCCCUCCCUUCCUUCCUUUUCUUUUUAAAAAUAAUGUGCUGUCAAGACUCAGAAGGAAGAAGUUAAAACGUGCCCAGAGCAUCCGGGUCCAUGGCUUCCUGCUGCAGUCAGCAUAGACCUCUAGAGGACAAGGCACCAGGUGGACGUGGCAUUCAGGGGACAGUGAACAGGAUGGAGCGAGAACAGGGAGGUCAGGCAGAUCUGAUGGCGGCCGACUGGCUCUGCCCCUUAGAAGCUCUGCUUGGACAAGUCAUAAAACACAAUGACAUGAAGGGUAAAGCAGGGUCCCGUGGCGGUCUCAUCAGUGUGACUCUCAUACACACUCCACCGGCCUUCAGAGUUCUGGUGCAGAAGCCACCCGCCCGAGGCUUCUGCCCUCAGACUGUUCACGUCUACCUAGCACGCAAGACGACAAACUGAAAACCCCAGCAGCCACCAAUCAACUUGUAGCUUCAUAAACCACGUUGCCAAACAACGGUAACUGGCGGAGAGCAUUUCACAUUCCACUCAACAAGUCUCUAUCUGGCGGCACUAAAGCCCUGCACUGGGGGCAAGUCGGCUGGGAACGAUUCACGCCUAGAAGCAAAGCUAGUGAAGCCCAGAGAGGAUUCAGUAGGAAGCACCACUACAGAUUUGUGUAUGGAUAGCUGAGUGUCGGCCGGCAGGCAGCCUCAGCAGGGAGGCUCACAAGCUGGGUUCCUUCCACAGACAGUGCUGAAGCUGGCUAGUCCAGGACUGCUGCCCUCACCAGCUGCUUCUCCACCAGAUACUGCUUCUCCACCAGAUACUGCUUCUCCACCAGCUGCUGCUUCUCCACCAGCUGCUGCUUCUCCACCAGCUGCUUCUCCACCAGAUACUGCUUCUCCACCAGCUGCUGCUUCUCCACCAGAUACUGCUUCUCCACCAGCUGCUGCUUCUUAUGGAAAUUGGUAGCUGAAACCUGCAUGUGGCUCCUGAAUAGUCAACAUUUUGCUGUUUUCAUAAAUGUGUAUCACUUUUUAAAGAAUGCCAUUCUGAGUUUGCU